UGGUUUCUAACAAACGUCAUUUCCGUCUGGGCGCUCAUAGUAACUAUAAUUUAUUAUGUAGCGUUAUUUGGUGGUGUAUAUAAGGCUUCAGAUGUGAACGUUCACAUGAUGAAUACAGUAGUAAUGUUGAUAGACACUAUAGUCUGUGCAACGCCCGUAAAACUGUUCCAUGCUAUAUAUCCAAUUAUUUAUGGAUUAGCUUAUGUAACCUGUAAUGCUAUAUACUGGUCGACAGAUCCGAAGAAAAAUGUACUUUAUGCAGUGAUAAUGGAUUGGAAUACCCCAGCCUACCCUGUUGGUGUUCUAUUUGGCAUGUUGAUAGUAGUAUUACCAUUACUGCAGGCGAUGUAUUUUGGAAUCUACCGAUUGAAACUGUUAAUAUUUAAGAAAAUAUUU